AGUGCGUGGUAGAGUUACAUCCCUUGGGUGUUGAAGAAAAAGAGUCCGUAAUAAUUUUCAGUUUCACAAUUAUGAUAGUUAUAUAAAUGGGGGAAAUGUAACUUAUUUUUUUUCUGAAAUAAUGUAAUAUUAUCGAUUCCCUAUUGUUCAUUUGAUGUUCAUGUUUGGAUUCCUUAAAAGCCGAUCGAUAGCCUGCGUAGUAAUUUUUUAGUUGACAUUAUCACCUUGGAUUCAAAAUGGUGGAUAUAUGACGAGAGAACUGUCACAUGAAACUGUAUUUUAGCGUUUCAUCGUUUAUUUAUACAUUUGAGGUUGUAAUGUAGGAGAAUGCCCCCGCCCCAGAGGUUGCGUCGGCCCCGCCCCCGGGCACGGAUCAAUGGCUGGACACUGCCUCCACACCCCUUACAGUGUGUAGCCUGGUUCGCUGUCAUCUACUUUGCAUUCUUCUACUUCACAACCUUUGUUCCCGCCCUUCCUGAUGACUGGCAGAUAGCAGGUUAUGUUUUAACAGGAUUGGCUUUUCUCUGUCAUAUCCUCACCCAUGUGGUGGCAAGCAGCAUCAACCCUGCUGAUCCAGCUGUGCUGAGGAUACUGAAUGGUAGGGAGGAAUUUGACCGUGCCAAGCACCGCCAUGUCAUCGAGAAUAUGCAUUGUUACAUCUGUGAUGCUGAUGUGGGAUCCCGGUCAAAGCAUUGCAGUGCCUGUAAUAAAUGUGUAAAUGAUUUUGACCACCACUGUAAAUGGCUCAACAACUGUGUGGGAGGCAGAAACUACAAGUGGUUUCUACAAGUACUUGUCACAGGUAUCAUCGGAAUCUUCCUGAUACUUGUGGUUACACUAGUAGAGAUUGUCGCCUACAGUACAGACGCAGAGACUGGAAACAUUCUACAACCAUAUAUAGAUGUGAAAAACAACAAAACCGCUGAUCCAGUGUAUUACCUGGUGUACCAGCCAGUGUCCGGUAAUGGAUUCCUCGCUGUCCUUAUCAUCACUGCUGUCCUCCUCUUCGUGGCUCUCAUUCUGCUGCUCCAUCUCUUUGUGUUCCACUGCUACCUCAUGUACAACCAUAUAAGUACCUAUGACUAUAUAGUUAAACAACGGGAGAGUGAGGACAGUAAGAAAUCAGGUGCAGACAAGACUCAGGGUAAAACAAAGCGGAUAAACAAAGUUGUUCCCAGUAAACAAAGACAGAGUAUAAGAAUGAUGAAUUCCUCACCCCCAACCAAAUUGAAUGAUGCCAAGGAGAAGAGUGAUAUUAGUCUGUACCACCAGAAGACAGAUGAGGACGGGCGACGGACAGAGGGCGAGACCCCGCCCCCAUCCUCCAGCCCAAUACACCAGAAGGAGACAAACAACAAUAAAGAAAGAAGACUUCCAGAACUGGACAAACAUUCAAAUGAUGACAUUACAGCUAUUCGAAAAAUUAGAAAGAAGAAAAAGAUCAAUUAUAAAAUGAACUCAAAUUAUGAAAUAUCAGAAAAGGAAAUGAUUUCUACUAUAGAUAAUCCAUCCCUAUACAAAGCACGGGGUUUCACUGCCAGUCUGGACUUACCGGUGGCCUCCCCUGUAAAAAUAACCCCACCUCCACCUCAACUCACAACUGUAAAUGGUGCAGGGCCCCCGACAGAAUACAACUCUGACUCAGCGGAGAGUUUGACCGAGGUGGAUCCCAAAUUGUCUAGCAGUGUCAACUCCUCGCUGAGAAACUCAUUUCAGGUAAAAUCUGGAGACCAUAAUAGUGCCAUUCAGGAUUCUAAUACCAGUCAAGGGAAGAACAGAAAAAGUAGUAAAAGGAGAAAGAAAAAGAAAAGACAAGAGGAAGAAAAUCAGCAAACAGAUUUAAAUUCCACCAUGCUUUUCCAAUUGAACUCCUCGGCAAAACAAAACCCUGAUGGAACACUAGACUAUACUGAUGGGUUCAGGAAACUACCAUUAACCCCAAUCCUGCUGAGGAAAAACGGGACUACAGAGGAGGUGAAGCGACCUAGUGCCGUACCUCCAUUGGACCUGGGGCCACUCAGGGGCAGUAGUGAAAGUGUUUCUUAUCAACCAAUGAGUUCUCUCAGGUCGUCCGACACAUACCGCACAUCUCGUUUGCUCAGGAGUUUGCCAGAACAACGCCCCUUCGUAGACACUGAGGUCUAGUCACUGAACAUGACUGAAUUAGAUUUUCCUUCUUUGAAAACAAAAAUUAGUGAAAUUUAAUAAUUUUGGAGACCAUCCCGUCAGUGAACCAUAAAAUACUCCUAUUGUGUGCCUACUUGACAACUGUUACAUUAUAGCACUGGAAUUAGUAGAUAGUGGCAAUGAUCACUAGUCAACCAUCCUACUGACGUUUGAGUGGUUUAUGUGGCAAUGAUCACUGGUCAGCCAUCCAACUGACGUUUGAGUGGUUUAUGUGGCAAUGAUCACUGGUCAGCCAUCCUACUGACGUUUGAGUGGUUUAUGUGGCAAUGAUCACUGGUCAACCAUCCUACUGGUGUUUGAGUGGUUUAUGUGGCAAUGAUCACUGGUCAGCCAUCCUACUGAUGUUUGAGUGGUUUAUGUGGCAAUGAUCACUGGUCAGCCAUCCAACUGAAGUUUGAGUGGUUUAUGUGGCAAUGAUCACUGGUCAACCAUCCUACUGACGUUUGAGUGGUUUAUGUGGCAAUGAUCACUGGUCAACCAUCCUACUGACGUUUGAGUGGUUUGAAGGUAUAGCAUGGUAGUCUAUUGUCAACUUUGGUGGUGAAUUUUAUUUUAAAAAUAUGAAUACAGCAUCUUGAUGUCAUGAAAAUCAUACUUCGUCUUAAAAAGUUUUUAAUCUAUUUUUAAAAUUUUGAAUGUUCAAUUUUUAGUAAGAGUAGAUUGUCUACAUUAGAUUUCUUCAUUGAGCACUUUAGUCAUAUGUAUUUCUUAGGGGAAAAUGACACAACAUGUUGUAAGAUAUAUUAUAUAUAUUAUGUAUAUUAGGUGCUAGCUAUAUAGGACAGAUACUUUAUGGUUAGAUUAUUUUUGUCAUCUUCUACAAACAACCUCCGGUUAUUGUCUCAGAGAUGCCAUUUUAACUGUUAUUUAUUUCGUUAUGUCAUAUGGGAGUGUUGUUAUACUUGCUGUCCCUGUGUUCUCAUGGUAUAACCUGAUAUCCUAAAUCUGACAAAAACAUUUUGGAGAGUGAUAAAACACUUUGGAGAGCGAUAAAACAUUUUGAUAUUUUGUUUUUAUAUCAGCAAGUGUAUAAUUUAUGUUGCUAAAUGAUACCAAGUGAUAUUUUGAUGUUGCUGAUCUGUCUAAUUGAUCCCACACGACUCCUGUAUUAGAUAUAGCUGUUGUGAUGGGCCUGGUGCCACACGACCCCUGUAUUAGAUAUAGCUGUUGUUAUGGGCCUGGUACCACACGACUCCUGUAUUAGAUAUAGCUGUUGUGAUGGGCCUGGUGCCACAUGACACCUGUAUUAGAUAUAGCUGUUGUGAUGGGCCUGGUGCCACACGACUCCUGUAUUAGAUAUAGCUGUUGUGAUGGGCCUGGUACCACACGACUCCUGUAUUAGAUAUAGCUGUUGUGAUGGGCCUGGUGCCACACAACACCUGUAUUAGAUAUAGCUGUUGUGAUGGGCCUGGUGCCACAUAACUGUAUUAGAUAUAGCUGUUGUGAUGGGCCUGGUACCACACGACUCCUGUAUUAGAUAUAGCUGUUGUGAUGGGCCUGGUACCACACGACUCCUGUAUUAGAUAUAGCUGUUGUGAUGGGCCUGGUACCACAUAACUGUAUUAGAUAUAGCUGUUGUGAUGGGCCUGGUGCCACAUGACUCCUGUAUUAGAUAUAGCUGUUGUGAUGGGCCUGGUACCACAUAACUGUAUUAGAUAUAGCUGUUUUGAUGGGCCUGGUGCCACAUGACUUCUGUAUUAGAUAUAGCUGUUGUGAUGGGCCUGGUACCACACGACUCCUGUAUUAGAUAUAGCUGUUGUGAUGGGCUGGUACCACAUAACUGUAUUAGAUAUAGCUGUUGUGAUGGGCCUUGUACCACAUGACUCCUGCAUUAGAUAUAGCUGUUGUGAUGGGCCUGGUGCCUCAUGACUUCUGUAUUAGAUAUAGCUGUUGUGAUGGGCCUGGUGCCACAUGACUCCUGUAUUAGAUAUAGCUGUUGUGAUGGGCCUGGUGCCACACGACUCCUGUAUUAGAUAUAGCUGUUGUGAUGGGCCUGGUGCCUCCUGACUUCUGUAUUAGAUAUAGCUGUUGUGAUGGGCCUGGUGCCACAUAACUGUAUUAGAUAUAGCUGUUGUGAUGGGCCUGGUACCACAUAACUGUAUUAGAUAUAGCUGUUUUGAUGGGCCUGGUGCCACAUGACUUCUGUAUUAGAUAUAGCUGUUGUGAUGGGCCUUGUACCACAUAACUGUAUUAGAUAUAGCUGUUGUGAUGGGCCUGGUACCACACGACACCUGUAUUAGAUAUAGCUGUUGUGAUUGGCUUGUUGCCACCGAGCAUAUGUGAUAGCUAGCUAUUUGUUAUUUAUUUAUUAUUGUUACAUAUUUUUUCUAGCAUAUAAUGUUUCUCACAUUUUAUUGUAAAUCUUCAACAUUACAUUCCUCAUCAAUUAUUAUACAUAUAUGUAUGUAUAUUUAAAAGGACGUUUAAUAAUAAUAUUUAUGUGAUAUGUAGCAUCAUUCCAACAGUAUUCCUGUAUUCCUCUGAGACAUCUACUGAUGUGUACAGUUAAGGUUUAUAUUCAAUGUUGUUAGAAGUUUAAAAUUUCUACUUAAAUCUAUAUCAACCAGCCCCUAGGGACACAUUGUAACCAUGUUUUAAUGUACAAGUCGUCCCUUAUUGUUAUUGUGUACAGUUUCUGUAACAUGUUUUAAUGUACAAGUCGUCCCUUAUUGUUAUUGUGUACAGAUUGUAAACAUGUUUUAAUGUACAAGUCGUACUUAUUGUUAUUGUGUACACAUUGUAAACAUGUUUUAAUGUACAAGUCGUACUUAUUGUUAUUGUGUACACAUUGUAAACAUGUUUUAAUGUACAAGUCGUACUUAUUGUUAUUGUGUACAGAUUGUAAACAUGUUUUAAUGUACAAGUCGUACUUAUUGUUAUUGUGUACAGUUUCUGUGUAAAACAUGCAGCAUUCUCAUCACUGUGGAUACAACAUGUUCAUGUUUUCAUAUUUCUAAGAUCAUUGUUUUCUUCAUCAUUGUAUCCAAGAUAUCUGUAGAAACAGUUGUUUUCAAUUACUAACCUGUAGUAUUAACAUUUCCUACCAUUUAAUUAACUUUCAUUCACAUUGAUUUAAUAAUUGCAGGCUCCUAUAUGGAAAAUCAUCAAAGCAAAUCUUUCAGCUGUUGGGACUGAAGGGAUUUUACUCUAUAGAUUUGAUCAGAAACAUCUUUUCGGGAGGAAUAAAUGGUUAGUGUGGGGUCUUAGGGGUGAGGCCUAAAAGGGGAAAUAUAACAACAUUAUAAAACAUUCAGUGGAAAUGACAGGAUUUUGCUUCAUUUGUUCUGAAGCAUCAUUUUUGAUAGAUCCUUCUUUUGAUAGGAAGAAAAUUUUAGCUCACCUUCUGUUCGUUUGUUGCAUUUAUAAUAUUGCUUACAGUCUUAAGUUUCCCCUGAGGUGUUUUACAGGAAAACUGAAAAGAAAUACUUAGCAUUUGAGGUAUAUUGAUAUAUUGAUUUUUAUUUCUUUUGAAAUGCUCCCCCACCGCCCCACCCCUGUCUCCCACCUCUCUGAAGAUACAAAUCUAGUCACAGUACCUACAGCAAUAAUAUCUGUCCAUUCUCACGCUUCAGACACGUUUGUCAUGUUCCAUUUUGACGUCGGCUCAUGUUAACCUUGAAAUUUUGUAUUAAUAUAACUGUCUUUUUUGCAAGUUAAUUGUCUUAGUAAGCAGAAUUUCUAAUCCAUAGAAGUGACUUUGUAAUAAUUAAUUGUGUGAUCAAACAUCCAUGUUAAUAAUUACGGAUUGGGAAUGUUGUAAUAAUUAAUUGUGUGAUCAAACAUCCAUAUUAAUAAUUACGGAUUGGGAAUGUUGUAAUAAUUAAUUGUGUGAUCAAACAUCCAUGUUAAUAAUUACGGAUUGAGAAUGUUGAAUCGUUGGUGCCCAGAUUAUUCGUUGAGGUUUCAAUGUCGCUAUGAAAAAUACGCAAGAGGAAUUUAAGGUUACAGUUUGUGGCCAGCUUGUUGAUGUAGCACUAGUAGAAGAGUUUGUGAAUGUGCUGGGCGAUGGAAGCAUUUUACUUGAGACGAGUUUACGUAUAUUUAUAAUUAUGUUGUUUUAUUUCUACAUUUUAACAGAUAUGAUUACACAUUAUGUUUAAUAUUUGAUUUUACAAAAUAAGCCGUCCAAUAUAAUGUGAUAUUUUGCAAAGCUCAAUUACAUGUUUCUUUAAUUUAUAUUUAAUUGAUUGCCAAGCCUAUGAGUCCUUUAUAUUUCUUUACCUUCAAUACAGCCUGUUGUAUCCUGCCUGUAUUGCUUUGAUACUGAGUUUCAUUUCUGUAUGUUAAGAUAAAGCAGCUUCCUGUAUCUGUCUGAAUGUAGGCAUAUUAAGAUACAGAUUCCUGUAUCUGUCCGUUCACAUAGUUUCUUGAAUCAUGUAUGUAUGUUAAGAUACAGCUUCCUGUAUCCUGUCUAUAUUUAUAUAUGUUAAGAUACAUUUUCCUGUAUCCUGUCUAUAUUUAUGUAUGUUAAGAUACAGUUUCCUGUAUGAUCUCUGUAGGUUAGAGGCAUUUUUUGUGUUCAUGUUGAUUAGUUCCUCCACAACAGUGCAAGUUUGUAGUGUGAAUGGCUAAAAGAUGGCAGGCAGUCUGUAGAUCGUAAUGACCUUGGUGUGACACAUACUUAUACAGACCUAUAGACAGCUAGUUAGUGGUCUGUAGAUUGUUAUGACCUUGGUGUGACACAUACUAGUUAGUGGUCUGUAGAUCGUAAUGACCUUGGUGUGACACAUACUAGUUAGUGGUCUGUAGAUCGUAAUGACCUUGGUGUGACACAUACUUAU